AUGGCUGAUAUAGAUUUAAUGGAAUUAUCUAUUGAACAAUUGCAACAGCAAUUUGAACAAGUACAACAAGAAUCACUUUCGGGUGGAUCUUACAAAUUGAAUGAACAUAACAUUAUUGAAUUGAUCCAAUAUAUUAAAAAGCAAGAUCCUAAUUUUGCUGAACAAUUAUGUUUUACAUCUGAUGGUAAAGAAUAUAUUACUAGAGAUCAAAUUGAAUAUGAAUUACAAAUUCUAUUAGAAAAAUAUGGAGGAAGAAUUAAUAAGAAUGAAUUACCAAAAUUAUUACGAGUCGAUUUUACCUAUUUAGAACAACCUAUUCAUAAUUUAAUACAAAAACAAAUUGUUCUUCCUGACUUGAUUAAUGGAUGCGAAAUUUUGACACCUUCCUAUCUUGAAUCAGUUGUUAUGGAAAUUAAUGAAUUACUCAAAUUAUCAGGUUAUAUUUAUAUCGGAACAUUAACAAAACAAUUGUUUUUACCUUCUGAUUUUAUUAAAGAACAUAUCAUUACAAAAUAUAUGCACUUAUUAUUAAAUGGAACAAUAUUUAGUAAUAACUCUUUAUAUACAGAGAAAUAUAUUAAUAAUUUAAAAUCUAUUACAAUUGGUAUUUGUAAUAGUAUUACUAGUAGAUCUAUGGAAUGUAAUGAUUUAUUAAAAGUAACUAAAAAGUUUUAUUUAAUGAAUGAAAGUAAUGGUAAUGAAUAUGCUGAUGAUAUUGAAAUUGAAUUAGAACUUUAUCAAAAUAUUGUUAAAGAUUUGAUAAAGAACAAACAAAUUAAUGGUACUUUACAAGUUAAUAGUACUUUAUAUGUUCCAAAUAUUUAUGAAAAGAUGGCAACUGAUCAAGUUUGUAAAUUUAUUCAUAGUAAUGGUUAUGUUUCUGUUGAAAGAGUUGAAUCAAUGUUAGGAUAUAAAGCAUUUAAAAAUACACAACAAAUUAUUAACUAUUUAACAGGUUAUGGAGAAAUGAAAGAACAUGAUCUUAUUAAUAUUGAAGAUGAAAUUAUUAUUCACAUGAAAAUGAUUGAAUCUUUUAAAAAUAUAUUCGAUACUACUAUUAAUGGUAAUAAUGAUAAACACAAAUCAAUUCCAUUACAUAUUGAAAAUAAUGGUGGUGAUCAUUGUGUUCUUAUUGAUACUUCAUGUGAAAUGAAACAAUUAGUUGAUAAGUAUAUUACUCUUAGUAAGAAUAUCAAGGAUAUUAUUGUUUUUGAUAAUAGAUAUAUUAUGACUGUUGAAAUGAUUGAUCAAAUCUUAAAUGAUCAAUUCAAAUCUAUUGCUAUUCAAGCUAUUGAAAUUUAUUUAAAGAGUAAUCCAUCAACAACUAGUACACCUCCUCCUUCCCAACCUUCAAAUGAUAAGAAUAAGAAGCAAAAGAGUAAAUCAACCAAAUCAUCAACACCAGUUUCUAAUGAAAAUGAUCAAAUUAAGAAAUUACUACCAAAGAAGGAUGAUAUUUAUUCACACAUUGAAAAACAAUUACUUGUAUAUUUAGAUAAUGAUAAAGAAAAUGAAAAUAUGAUUAACAAGUUUGGUGGAUCAGAUGAUUCUAUUAUUGAAUCUAUUGUAAAUUAUUUCAUUCCUAAACUUGAAAAAUUAUAUUUAGAAACCAAGGAACAAAUAGUUAAUCAACAAACUAUGAAAUUGGAACAAAAAUUGAGCAGUGAACUUAAUGUUGAAGAAAAACUCAAUGAAUUAUAUACACAAAUUGUUAUACAUAACAAAUCUAUUGAAAUUUUACAUAGACAACGUAAAGAAAGUAUUGAAAAGGAAUUUAUUGUUCCAGUUGAAAAACAUAUUAUCAAAACUAAAUGUACAAUGAUUGUUUAUUUAAUGGUUUAUGAUACUUGUAAAAAUUUAUUAAGAUCAACUCCAACACAACAAUCUGGUAAACAAUCAAGUAGUAAGAAACCUGUUGAUACUACAAGUAUUAACAUUAAUGAAAAGAAUUUACAUUUCAUUAGAGAAUAUAAUACUUUAUUAUCAAUGGCAAGUGAAGAACAACAAACUCAAUUUGUUGAAUUAAAUAGAGAAAUUAAAUUAUUAAUGAAACAACUUAAUCAGAAGGUUGAACUUGAUAAGACAAGAGAGGAGGAAGUUAAGGAAUUAAAUACUCUUGUUGAAAGUUUGAAUGCUAAUAAUACUACAUUGCAAUCAUUUAUUAGUCAAUUUGAAUUUACUGCAAAACAAUUUAGCGUUUUUAUUAAGAUUUUAGAUAAAAAGAGAGAAAAAACUUAUUUGAAAGAAAGAAAACAAGAAUUGAAGAUUAAUCAUGUUGAACAUUUGGCUAAAUUGAGUGAUGAUAGUUUAUCUUCUGGAGCUAUUAUUUAUGGUACAAGAUUGAUUUCAAUUUGUCAAUAUUUAUUAAUGAUGGGAGAUAAGCCAAUUCUUUUAUUCAUUCCUGGAAAGUUAGUUUCACCUGUUUUAUCCUAUCUUGAAGAACCUUCUAUUAUGGAAGAAUAUUCGAAAGGUCAAUUAGGAUCAGCUUAUCAAGAUUUGAUUAUUCCAACUUUAACAAAAUGUCAACAAUUAGUUGUUGAAUGUUUAGUUGCUAAAAAGAAGAAGAAUGAUGAAGAAAGUGGAAUGUCACUCUCCAAAGAAAAAGAAUUGGUUGAACUCUUUACCACAAUCGAAAAGAUUAUUUUUGUUUCUUCAAAUGUUGCUUCCUCGUCAGACCAAUAA